CUGAUGUCCUACGGCAGCGAGACGCCGCACGUUUGGAGCAGCUCUGCAGGCAGCGAAGUGUCGCCAUACGGGCCCUUGUGGGACGCGCCGCCGGCGCCUGUACCCUAUCCAGACAUACUGGCCUUCCCGCCUGCCGAUCUCGUGUGGUCGGCGGCGGGAUGCGGCCGCGGUGGCGCACGGACUACCCCGCCGGGGAAGAAGCCGCGUCGUCGCGUAGCAUCACUAGCGCAACGCCGCGCUGCCAACAUCCGCGAGCGACGACGGAUGUUCAAUCUGAAUGAGGCCUUUGACAAAUUAAGGCGGAAGGUACCAACAUUCGCAUAUGAGAAGCGGCUCUCGCGUAUAGAAACUCUCCGUCUGGCGAUCACCUACAUCAGUUUUAUGUGUGAGCUCCUACACGGCUCUCCGCAGCCCCAUCAUGCGCCUCAACCAUCACUCCAUCCUCCACGACACGUGUUUGAUGCUGAAGUACCUUGGUGCGCGUAAAACAAGACCGGGUACUGUAGGGAUUUAACACUGAACGCUCGUAUACAGAGUGUAACAAAAAUCUCCAAGUGUAACAGCUGGUGAAUAGUGCACAGAUCUAUUAAUUCACACACAUUAUUUGUUUCAUGUGGUUUGUAUUAUUUUUAUGACUUUGAUAAACUAACGUUGAAUCACAUGUGGCUUUAUUAUACAAAAAGUACUUCACGUUUAAAUAACACACACACAAACACACGAACAGACAAUGCAAGGGCGUUAUCCGCGUAAGUUAUCUUUGGCAUUCUAACGAGUUACUUAGCUACAUGAAGUAGCAAUAGAAAGCGGCAAUCCCGUAGGAAUCUCAUAUACGGUACCUACAAGCUGUGAAUUCACGAAACGCCCACACGGCUGUGGUACACCGAGGGAAAGUGCUUUAAAUAUUGCAGAUAGGACAUUUUACUUUGUAGAUACAUGAUUUUAUAUUUAAAGACUUUUAAAAAAUUACUUUCUAAUAGUAACUUUUUAAAAGUCUUUAGUAACUUUUUAAAAGUUACUCUGAGAAGCUAGUAACUAGUAACUUUUUAAAGUUACUCUUUUAUACUUUUUAAAAGUUACUAAAACCAGUAACAUUUUAAAAGUUACUCUGCGAAGCGAACCGACCAAACGUGAUAAAAAACACCUGUAUUUUUUGUUUAAAUUGUAUAAUUGAAGGGUAAUCAUUUGAAUUAAGAUGCUGUGUUACAUAAAAGGAAUUAAUACUUAUAGGUCUUCUCGA